AUGGGGUGCUGUGGUUGUGGUGGCUGCGGUGGUGGCUGCGGUGGCUGUGGUGGCUGCGGUGGCUGUGGUGGCUGCGGUGGUGGCUGUGGUGGUGGCUGUGGUGGCUGCACCAGCUGCAGGUGCUACCGGGUUGGCUGCUGCUCCAGCUGCUGCCCCUGCUGCCGUGGCUGCUGUGGGGGCUGCUGCAGCGUCCCUGUGGUCUGCUGCUGCCGUCGCUCCUGUGGCUGUGGCUCCUGUGGCUGUGGCUCCUGUGGCUGUGGCUGUGGCUGUGGGAAGGGUUGUUGUCAGCAGAAGUGUUGCUGCAAGAGGCAAUGCUGCUGCUAG